AUGUCCAAACACUUUUCCGGCUAUCAGUCUAUACCCAAACAUUUUCCGGCUGAUUGUCUGUCCAUCCUUAUUUUGCUGUUUGUCUAUGUCCAAACACUUUCCGGCUAUCAGUCUAUACCCAAACAUUUUCCGGCACUGUGUCCAUCCUUAUUUUGGUUGCUUGUCUAUGUCCAAACACUUUCGGCUAUCAGUCUAUACCCAAACAUUUUCCUGAUUGCUGUGUCCAUCCUUAUUUUGUUCUUGUCUAUGUCAAACAUCCUUAUCAGUCUAUACCCAAACAUUUUUUGCCUGUGUCCAUCCUUAUUUUGGUUGUAUCUGUCCAAACACUUUCCGGCUAUCAGUCUAUACCCAAACAUUUUCCGGCUGAUUGUCUGUGUCCAUCCUUAUUUUGGUUGCUUGUCUAUGUCCAAACACUUUCCGGCUAUCAGUCUAUACCCAAACAUUUUCCGGCUGAUUAUCUGUGUCCAUCCUUAUUUUGGUUGCUUGUCUAUGUCCAAAACUUUUCCGGCUAUCAGUCUAUACCCAAACAUUUUCCGGCUGAUUGUCUGUGUCCAUCCUUAUUUUGGUUGCUUGUCUAUGUCCAAACACUUUCCGGCUAUCAGUCUAUACCCAAACAUUUUCCGGCUGAUUGUCUGUGUCCAUCCUUAUUUUGGUUGCUUGUCUAUGUCCAAACACUUUCCGGCUAUCAGUCUAUACCCAAACAUUUUCCGGCUGAUUGUCCAUCUUAUUUGUGUCCAUCAGUCUAUAUUUUCCGGCUGA